AUGAACCACCUAAGCCCCUGGGUUAGGCAUUUCCAUGAAUGGGAAGCGAUCCGGGAUGACCGCCACAAGCACGGGGAUCUUGCCGCCCGUAAGACUUCCGAAGUCCCCUUAUCCCCAACUCCGGAGCCUGAAGCCAAUCCGCAGCAUCAAUCCCCACUCUUCUGUUUACCCCCGGGGUUGCGGGCUGAUAUCUGGAUGUAUGCUCUUGCUGGGAACGAUGUAACGAUAGUGCGAAAAAUUGAUAAACUAGGGCACAUUGUGCUGCCACGAGACUGCCAACUGUGGGAGGUGGCCCGAAAGAAUAGAACGGGGGUAUCGUGGGGGCCUGUCGGAAUCGAGAGUCGCAUCCCGACGAAGUACGUCCUUGCGGAGGUUAAUCUGCUGACGGUGGAGAAGUUCUAUAUUGAAGCAUAUCCUAUGCUAUAUCGGCAGAAUUCUUUCACAUUCGAGUCUCUGGAAGCGUUCUACCGCUCCCUUGUUCACUCGCCUAGAGCAAGCUUACACGCCAUCUCAUCUAUCAAGAUCCCGUGGGCCGGCUUCGGGUACUGGAGGAAAUACGAGGAUGAGUUGAUUGACCCACCGCUCGAGUACGAGGAGAGUUGGAAAGAUAUUUGCGACCUCCUUACUUCCAUGGAGGGCUUACGAAGGCUAUAUUUCUCCACAUACUUGCAUAACGACAGGCCCCUUGUUCACAACUGCUUCGAUAUGAUAUAUAGCGUCGUACUACCGUUGACUCGACUGCCGGUGGCGGUCGAAUUUGGAUUUCGCUUGCGGGACGAACUUCGCAAGCAGCCUCUUGGGGUUGUGUUGUUGAAGACUGGGCAUGGGAAGUCUAGGGUUGAUAUCGACCUGAUGCAUGAUCCGCAUAACUCUGUGGAUGUGGGCAGCGUAGAAAAUACGACUAAGGUCUUUCUUUCUUCUCCCCGCUUUAUCUCUUUUUCCCGUGCGCCUUACUCCGAGCAUCGGCCAUUUUAG